GCAUAUACCGGCUGUUUGACUCGGAAACAGCCAUGCAGUGUGUAAAGAAGAAAUGACCGAUAGUGACCUCAAAUAAGAUGUCAAAGACCUGUCUAUCGUCUUCAUCUCUUUAUAACACUUCAGCAUUUAUGUAGAACUCUGAUAAAACAAUUGUACAUUUUGAAGAGCCUUCGAAACGUUGAGUUGUUACGCUUCUGUCCGUCUUCCGAGCGUUCAUAUUUCUUUCAUAAAAUAAUGGAAAAUGCUGAAACAUCCGAUCAAAACGGAACGACGCACUACACGAACGGUUUAGCAAACGGAUUUCACACCCUACAGUCCGAUAACGGGGAGUGCAUUUCAUCUAAAGGAGAUGGUCUGGGUGCUAGUGACAGUAGCGGUGGCCAUAAUGGUAUUGAAAAUUUCCACCAUCUUCAUCAGUAUGUUCACAACAAUGGUUCGCCUGCGAAGCGCUGCAGACUUCGAAGACGCAUGGAUUCGGGAAAGAAGAACAGACCGCCUUUUCCAUGGUUUGGAAUGGAUAUCGGAGGCACCCUGGUAAAAUUGGUUUACUUUGAGCCCAAGGACAUAACUGCUGAAGAAGAACAAGAGGAAGUGGAGAGCUUGAAGAGCAUUCGCCGAUAUCUGACUUCCAAUGUGGCCUAUGGAAACACUGGUAUCCGAGAUGUUCACCUGGAGUUGAAGAACCUCACCAUGUGUGGCCGGAAAGGCAACCUGCACUUCAUUCGUUUCCCCACACAAGACAUGCACCGCUUCAUCCAAAUGGGCAGAGACAAGAACUUCUCCAGUCUGCACACCACACUGUGUGCCACGGGUGGGGGCGCAUACAAGUUUGAGGAUGACUUCAGAACCGUGGCUGGUUUGGAGCUGCAGAAGCUGGAUGAACUGGACUGUCUUAUUCAAGGUCUGCUGUAUGUUGACUCAGUUGGGUUCAAUGGCCAUCCCGAGUGUUAUUUUUUCCAAAAUCCCUCCGACCCUGAAAACUGUGUCAAGAGGCCAUUUAGCCUGGAGAACCCUUUCCCUAUGUUGCUGGUAAACAUUGGCUCGGGGGUUAGCAUCUUGGCUGUCUAUUCAAAGGAUGAUUACAAGCGUGUCACAGGCACCAGUUUAGGAGGUGGUACGUUUCUAGGCCUGUGUUGUUUGCUGACUGGCUGUGAGACAUUUGAGGAGGCCUUAGAGAUGGCAGCUAAAGGGGACAGCACAAAUGUGGACAAACUAGUGAAGGACAUCUAUGGAGGUGAUUACGAACGCUUCGGUCUCCAGGGUUCCGCCGUUGCAACCAGUUUUGGUCAUAUGAUGUGCAAAGAGAAACGUGACAGUAUAAGUAAAGAGGACCUGGCCAGGGCCACUCUUGUCACCAUCACAAACAACACUGGUUCCAUCGCCCGCAUGUGUGCAGUGAACGAGAAUAUCGAUAGAGUGGUUUUUGUUGGGAAUUUCCUUCGGAUCAACACAGUAUCAACUAAGCUGCUAGCCUAUGCCAUGGACUUCUGGUCUAACGGACAACUGAAAGCACUUUUCUUAGAACAUGAAGGUUAUUUUGGAGCUGUUGGUGCCUUCCUAGAACUACUGAAGAUGACUGAAGACUCCUGAGACACUGAGGAAACCCCAAUCUUUAAACCAGAAUCUGCUGUAAGAUUUCAGGAAAGCCACAUACCCUAAUAAGGAAAAGCCAUUUAAGAAUGUUUCGAGAUUCCAUUUCCCUUCAAAUCAUCUACAUGCUGGCCCUUCUAUGCUCGUGACAGGAGCAGGUGAUCAAGAGGUUAUGAUGCAAAAGUGCACCGUUUUCUAUGGUGAUAAGCUGCACCUCAUGCUAACUGUUCCUUGUCACCAUUGCCAUAAUCCCAGCACAGCUUUGCCUUUGUCGUGUAUUGAUGAUUUGAUUGGAUGAUGAUUUAGGACACUAAUACUUGUGUACUCCUUCUUCUCCCUGUUUGUGGGCUUUAUGAAAACAAUUGUAAUAUAUGAAGAGGGUUUGGAGGUGAGUAUUAUAUGUAUUAGGCCUGCUGUAUAAAAACAGCUUUCUCCAAUCCCCUCUGAACCACAUCAUGCUUUGAACCACAAAUCAGAUUUAUAUUUACGCAUCGAUGAGCAGUCCGUAAGAGCAGCCCAUUUAUGCGAGACUUUGGUCUCCCUCAUACAAGCAUUUAUAAUAUCUGUUUUACAUUAAAAAUGCUAAGUUAUAUUAUUACAUUUAAA